GGUGGCGGGGGCGGUGGGUCCGAUGGCCUGAGAGGGCUGGGCGGGUGCGAGUUCUGGGUCGCAAGGACGGGGGAUUAAGGAGCGUGGCAGAGACGACGCGAAAGGGACGAGGCAGGAAGCAGCCGUCGGCCCGGCGCCCGCGGCGAGUAGUCCCAGGAUGCUCCGCGCCGCACCGCGCCUGGCCCCGGACUCCGUUUCCCAGCAGCCACUGCGGCUGGCGCCGACAGCCUGCCUGAGCGCUUUGGCCCCUUUGUGAGUCCGCCCGUCGGGCCAGAGAUCGAGUCCACGCCCCGGCCGCAGGGCGCUCGGCUCCCCGUCUCCGCGAACGGUGCGGAACGAAGUGCCGACUCUCGGGGAGAAGGCGCUCUGUUUUCGCUGGACACUGCCCUUCUCCCAAAGAGAAGCCGGAAGGAGGAGGACAGAAGGGCUGUCCUAAAUUCUUAAAGCCAUGUCCGAGCCAGAAUUUUCAUCUUCAUUCAAGAAACAGUUUAGCACUUCCCGUGGGUUAGGUGUUCUGUUGGGAGGUCUCAAGAGGCAAAAAUACACUCCGUGGUGGAAUCUGAAAGUCUUCCCUGUAGGGAAGUGAAGUGAUUCACUGAGGUCAAGGAUUUGGUGACAUUUGGGGAUGUGGCUGUAGAUUUCUCUCAAGAGGAGUGGGAAUGGCUGAACCCUGCUCAGAGGAAUUUGUACAGGAAAGUGAUGUUGCAGAACUAUAGGAGCCUGGUAUCACUGGCAGGAGUUUCAGUUUCUAAGCCAGAUGUGAUCUCAUUAUUGGAGCAAGGAAAAGAGCCCUGGAUGGUGAAGAAGGAGGGGACAAGAGGAGCAUGCCCUGAUUGGGAGUAUGCAUUUAAAAACAAUGAAUUUUCAUCAAAGCAAGUUAUUUAUGAGGAAUCAUCCAAAGUAAGGACAAUGGGAAGAAGCCAUCUUAGUUAUAACCUUGACUGCUCCAGUUUGAGAGAAGACUCUAAAAAUGAGGACUGGUUUAAGAACCACUUGGGAAGUCAGGAGAUACAUUCUAGUCAAUUGAUCAUCACUCAUAAAGAAAUCCUGAGUAAAGAUCAAAGUAAUGAAUAUACUAAAUCUUGGCAAACUUUCCAUCAGGAUGCAAUCUUUGAUAUAAAGCAGAGUUUUCCCACCAAAGAAAGAAUACGUAAGCAUGAGCCAAGAAAGAGAAGCUACCGGAAAAAAUCUGUUGAAAUGAAACGUAAGAAAGUCUAUGUAGAAAAGAAACUUUUGAAAUGUAAUGAAUGUGAGAAGGUUUUCAACCAGAGCUCAUCUCUCACUCUUCAUCAGAGAAUUCACACUGGAGAGAAACCAUAUGCAUGUGUUGAAUGUGGGAAAACCUUCAGCCAGAGUGCAAACCUAGCUCAACAUAAGAGAAUACAUACUGGAGAGAAACCCUAUGAAUGUAAAGAAUGUAGGAAAGCCUUCAGCCAGAAUGCCCAUCUUGCUCAACAUCAGAGAGUUCAUACUGGAGAGAAACCUUAUCAGUGUAAAGAAUGUAAAAAAGCCUUCAGCCAGAUUGCACACCUGACUCAACAUCAGAGGGUUCAUACUGGGGAAAGACCUUUUGAAUGUAUUGAAUGUGGAAAGGCCUUUAGUAAUGGCUCAUUUCUUGCUCAGCAUCAGAGAAUUCACACAGGAGAGAAGCCUUAUGUAUGUAACGUGUGUGGGAAGGCCUUUAGCCAUCGGGGAUACCUAAUUGUACAUCAGAGAAUUCAUACCGGAGAGAGACCCUAUGAAUGUAAGGAAUGUAGGAAAACCUUCAGCCAGUAUGCACACCUGGCUCAACAUCAGAGAGUUCAUACUGGAGAGAAACCUUAUGAGUGUAAAGUAUGUAGGAAAGCCUUCAGCCAGAUUGCAUACCUUGAUCAACAUCAGAGGGUUCAUACUGGAGAGAAACCCUAUGAAUGUAUCGAAUGUGGGAAGGCCUUUAGCAAUAGUUCGUCACUUGCACAACAUCAGAGAAGUCAUACCGGAGAGAAACCUUACAUGUGUAAGGAAUGCAGGAAAACAUUUAGCCAGAAUGCAGGCCUUGCUCAACAUCAGCGAAUUCACACUGGAGAGAAACCUUACGAAUGUAACAUUUGUGGGAAAGCCUUUAGCUAUAGUGGAUCUCUUACUCUACAUCAAAGAAUUCAUACUGGGGAAAGACCCUAUGAAUGUAAGGAUUGCAGGAAAUCUUUCAGGCAGCGAGCACACCUUGCUCAUCAUGAGAGAAUUCAUACGAUGGAGUCAUUCUUGACUCUUUCCUCUCCCUCACCCUCCGUGUCCAGUCAGUUGCCAAGACCUGUAGGUUCUAUCUCCUAAAUAUGCCUUGAAUCUGACUCUAAUUAAUUUCCAUUCUGUCAUCUUUGUCCAGUACACUACAAUCUAUUUGACAUGGACUAUGGAAAUAACUUUCUAAUUGAUCUCCCUGUGUUUACCAUUUCCUGCUAGUAGUGCAUAUUGCAGUCAAACUUGUGUUUAAAAAGUUUAAUCAUAUCACUUCUCCUUCAUUAAAACCCUUCAUUGGCAUCCCAUAGGUCUUAGGGCAAGGCACACAUUACUCAAAAUAGCCUAAAAGACCCCCAAACCCCCAAUACCUUGUUCCAGUCUACAUUUCAGAGUCCCAUCUCAUGUCAAUAUCCAUCUCAUUCUUUGGCUACUUAUCAACAUUAAGAAUUUAUAGUGCAGCAUCAAAUCGAUCUGGGUUCCAAUUCUUACUCUUCCAUUUUCUAGCUCUCUAGUUUUGGAGAAACAUUUUGUCCCUUGUAAGCUUCAGUUUUUUUAUUUAUAUUAUGGAAAUAAUAAUGGUACUACCUCAAGUUAAUGGGAGGAUUAAAUGAGAUAAUGCAUGUGAACUGCUCAGCAGAGUGCCUAGCAUAAAGUAAUCAGUAAACACUAAUGUAAAAUAAAAAGGUACUAUGAUAAAAAGAUCAUCUCAGCAAUGAUUAUCUGCAAAAUAACAAAGCAACCCAAAAGACUGUAAAGGUUUUUGAUUAGGAACAGCAGUCAUUGUUCUAAAGGUGGGUGAUAGUAUCCAGCACAGCAGAGUUAAUGUUGGAGCCCAUGAUGACAGAGUAAGAUGGGGGCUUCUGUUUCAACAUGAAUACACAGAGAUAUGAUUUUGUUGAUAAGAAAAACUAACUUCAUUAAGAAAAACUAACUUCAUUAUAUAGUCAACAGUUUUAAGAAGCCAGGUGUUAAAAAUCACUUGUAAUAAGUAAAAUUUACUGAGAUGUAUUCAUCAUUUGCAUUUAAACAAAGGCAAUAUAGUUUUUAAAAGAGAGAAAACUUUAAAAGAUCAAUAACCAAAGAAGAAUAGAAAGUAAAAUUUAACUCACCUCUCCUAAUUCCAGGUAGAUGAAUUGUAUUAAACCCAUGUUGUUUAAAUAGAAAAGUUGUUAAGCUUCUAAGCUGUAACUCCAAAACUAGAGGGAAAAGAAACCAAAACUAUAGGUCAAAACUCAUCAACAUGGAUAUGCAUCAAGUUUCAAAUGAAUAUGAAUACCUUUAGAUGGGCAUGUGUUUUCCAGUUCUCCACAAUUCAAACCACUACCUGUUCCCUUACAUCUGACUUGUUUUACACUUUAUAUUACUUCCUGAAUCCUGAAGGCUUUGAGCAUGCAAUCAAUGCAGUAACCAGUUCUCUUGUGAACAUAAGUACAAAGAAAAUGACCAAAGUUUAAUGGAGGAUUAAAAGAAUAGACAUUUUAUCCUUCUGUAGGGGAAGACUCAGUAUUCUACAGAUGUUAGUAGGCCCCAAAUUAAUAGAUUCUUUGUACCUGACAAAAUAAGACUUUUUUAAGGCUUGAAACAUUGUGUUUGUCAACAUACACCCAUACACAUUGACAACAUACACACAUAAAGGAAAUAUAUAAUAAAGGUGAUAUUUCAUGUCAGUGGCUUAACAGUAUUGGUAAAUGAGAUUCUGCUCAAAAAAACUAUUUCUGUAAAAAACAAUCGCCUCAUUCUUUUAUCCAGAUGCAAAACAGACUCAUUAGAGGACACCGUAACAUGCUUUAUAAUCAUGGAGAACAAUCUUCCUAAAUACGACAUGAGAUCCAGAAGCCACACACACAAAGAUUCUAGGUGUGACUAUAUAAGAACUUUAAUAAACUUUUAUAUAGUCAAAGAUAGUA